CGCUGACGUCACCGCUCGAUAAUGGCCGCCGCCGCCUCGGCCCCCCCGCAGCCCGCCUCGCACCGACGACUCGGCUCAGUCUCUCGUCGAUUCGCUCCCUGAGCGAAUGCCUUUAACGUUUUAUACCUUCGGUAAACGACGUCCGCGAAGGCGAGUGUGAAACUGUUUAGUGAUUAAUGUGUACCAUGGUGACAGUGUUUAUUAUAUUGAGCAAGAAAAAUCUGUGACAAUUUACAAAAGGCAAGAAGAAGACCGAUCUCUCGCACACCGAUCUACACCCGGCGGCGAGAUGUCGGUGAUGCAGAAGCGGCAGCACUGCUACCUGUGCGACUUGCCCCGCAUGCCGUGGGCGAUGUUGCAUGAAUUUUCGGAGGCGGUGUGUCGCGGUUGCGUUAAUUAUGAAGGCGCAGAUCGCAUAGAAGUGGUUUUGGAUACAGCUAGGCAGCUUAAGCGAGCCCAUGGAUUUCAAGAAGGCCGUGGUCCGACACACGCCAAAGGUGCUCACAGAGCGCCUCUAGAAGCCCAUCAAAAUGGUGCGGAAAAUACAGCUAGAGGCCAGCCGGCCCCGCCGGCUCAUCACGCACCAGCUACUGGAUUUACUUUACACCAUCCGCGACCGACAGCCAGUGCUGGCCUAUUAGCCGAGUAUGGAAGCAGGCGAGAGGAACAUGAAGGUAGGCGGCUAGCUCACCUGCCGACGCAUCAUCUGCCAACGCAUGGUGGAGCUCGGUUAGCUCCUGGGCUUGCACUUAAACGCCAAUUGGAUGAGGACGACCAUCAAAACCACCACGAACCCGCUAAAAGGCUACUAGAAGAACACUCUAGGCCUCCUCUAACUCGUGGGGAUUCACUACCUGCGGUGUCUCUUGCAGCACCUUUCGCUCCUGAUCGGGUUUUCAAGCAAGAAAAGCACCCACUUCGCACACCAUCGUUUGACGCUACUUCAUUUAAAUCAAAUGGCUAUGGUAAUGCUGCUCCUCUGACAAAUGGCUCAGCUGGGUCUCCACUAGGCCGCACGGCCGGCUCGCCGCCGGUGACAGGCGUUGCAGGAGCAGGCCCAUCUCCGAUGGCCGCUCUGAUGUCCGUAGCCGACACGCUCCCACCCGGCUCGCCCAGAUCUGCUGGUGGCUCGCCACCACAGCCUCCACCGCAGAGAUCUGCUAGUCGCUCAAGUCAACACUCACCCAAUUCAUCAGGGUCGAACGGCGGGCGGCGGUCGUCGGGCUCCCGGCACGUGUCGUCGACGACAUCGGUGUCGUCGACAGAGGCGGGUGAGGGCACAGAAGCGGCGGCACCUACGCCUGCGCCGCUGCUUAAGUGCACGCUCUGCCAGGAGCGCCUGGAAGAUACGCACUUCGUGCAGUGUCCCAGUCAGCCGCACCACAAGUUCUGCUUCCCCUGCUCUCGGGAUUCUAUCAAGCGACAGCAAGGAUCAGAGGUGUACUGUCCAAGUGGAGAUAAAUGCCCGCUGGCGAAUUCGACCGUUCCGUGGGCAUUUAUGCAGGGUGAAAUUGCUACGAUCCUCGGCGAGGAGUUCAAACCGAAGAAGGAACGGGAGACCUAGGGCAGUGCUUUGCAGCCCCGACUUUACCUCUUGUCCCUCUCGCUGUGAACAUAGCACGGGAGGAGUAGCGACUAUGCCGCGGCACGUGGCCGCAAGCGUCGCAAUGGGCGCGCGGCUCCGCGGCGGGGCGAGGCCGGGCCCUCGUCCGUACAAACCGAUCACUUGUAUAUAACUUUGUAAAUAGUCAACUUGUAAGUUUAGUCCACUCACCGAUAGCUCGACUAUUCGGAUAUGAGUUUUCGCAGCCGGCGAGCGGUAUGAACCGUGCCGAAGGCGCUUUGUUGGGCGUAUCGCAUCACUUAUUUUAUUUAUUUUGGAGCUCGUUCAUUCAACAAUGGUUGAUCAACGAGCUAGAUGCGAUAUGCCCAGUGCAGCGCAUAAACUUUUUUGACGAUUUUUCGAUUAUUGUAAUGUUGUGUUGACGUCUAUACGAUUCACUCUAAAGGAUGUGAUGAUCUGAUGUCCUCAUUCGAUGUCGACGUUUUUUCGAGGAUGGUAUGCUGCUUACAAGCAGAUGUUUCUUCGGAUGCCAUUUUCUUAGUUACCCUUAGGUCCCGAACCAUAGUGAACAUGGCAUUUAUUUAUGUGAUUCUUAUAUACUAUUCAAGUAUUAUACGAUGUAAUUAUCAUGACAUAUUUUAUGUAGUCCAGAUACUGAUUGUAAAGUCGUAGUAAUUUGAUAAUGGUAGCGUAUCGCUCCCUGUACAGACCGUAGAUCGAUGUAUAUUUGUAUUUAUCACAUACAGCGCAUGCAAAAUAGUCUUAUUUUAACAAUAAAGUGAUGUUAUCAGAGUGGCUCGAGUUCCGUUACUGUUUCACUUUUGGCGACAAAAUUCAGCUUAAACAAUUUCUUUGACUUAUUGUUUUGUGGUAAUUGAUGAUUGGGAACCAUUCAAAAUUGUGUAUUGUGACGUCGGGCUCAUGGGAGCGACGUUGGUUAAGUUGAUUAUUUUGUAAGGAUAACUUAUACUUUACCUGGAAGUAAGGCUCGCGUGUGCUGCCGCGGCGUCGCUCUCGUGAUGCGGCUGCAGCGCAUGCGCUGGCAGGUGCAGUAUUAGCGAGAUCGCUUUGCACACGUAAGGAGGCGUACCUAGUCAUUUUGUGAAAUGUCAAAUUAUCUGAACCGCGAACACGCGGCCGUUAUAGGAACUCUUAAAACUCGCUGCUAUUUGUAAAAAGUGAAGUAAUCAUUAUAUUAUUAUCAUUAUAUAUGUCAUAAUAUUAAACGAUUCGUAGUGUACGUCAGUUUCGAAAGCUAUCAGACGACGACCGCUGGAGCUUCUAUUUAAUUGUGUUUCUCAGCAUUACUGCUGUGGUGUGCGAUAUGAUCGAAUUUGAAUUAGUUAUAUUUUCCGAUCGGAACACUAGUUGACGGUUCUUUAUGAAUUAUGUGAAAUAUAAUCGUCUACUAAAUCACACUCGGAAUUCUAGUGAUUAUUAAGUUUUAACAUAGAUGCUUGUCAAAACUUAAUCAUACCUACUUCAAUAUCAUUUAAUACGAUAGCUUUUAUAUCUUUAACUCAGACGACGCAAUGUCUUUAAAUAUUAAAAGUUAGAGCAUACAAUGAAAUUGAUAUGUCGAUUAUUUAUUUUAGAUGUUAUUUGUGUACAUAUACGUACGUUGUACAUACUUUAUCACUUGUAAAUAUUUAAGGUAGACUUGGCGAUACAGCCAAUACAAUCAGGGCUAUAGAUCCAGUAUUAGUAGGACAUUGAGCCAUGUUUAUAAUAUUAUUCUUUUUCAACUAUUAUUACUUUGUUGUUUUACAUAAAAUGCUAAACUUAGAUUUUGAUUGUGCUUAACGGAAUAUUACUUCUAUUAAUACAUUACUCUAUAACUUUUCAUAAUAAUAAUUUCCAAACGAGUGCUUUCAGCGCUGUUUCUUCUCUGCAUGUUUGUAUGUCAACUGGGUGUCAUUUUGUAUCAAAUGAUGUACUUCAAGUGGAAUUAAUUUAGUUGUGAUGAUGUAUAGCAUUUUACACUCUCUGUCAAUGGGCUUUUUAUCUACGUCGCGUUUCUGAUAGAUUCGAAAUUGAUAUUAGUAUUAUCAGUGAAAACUACCCGCGGAAUGGGUUUGUCAAAUGUUAAUUAAAUUCUCGCCAAGAUUGGCAAAGGUGAAAGAAUUGUAAGCACAAAUUGUGCGUAUUACUUUUUUAUUGUUUUGCUAUGUUACAUGUACUUCUAUGUAAAAUUUAAAUAUAGAUAAUAAGGAUUUGUAUUUAUUGUAAAACGUUUAAAAUAGAAAUCGAAUUAUUUUUAAAAUAAGGCGAUAAACACUUUGAUCUUUUUAAAAGUAACAUUGUGGCUAAGAGAUGAACAUUUUUGCCAAACGUUUUAAGUGCCACUCUAAUUUUCACAAGUAUGCAUUUUUUUAAGAAUUGAUAAGGACUAUUCUGUAGCACUAAUUGUGCAUUGUUUAGUGGCACGGUAAUAGCAUGUGAAGUGCAUGUAACAUAUCAAACUAUUAUUGUCCGCCUUUACCCAUAGGCUUGUUUGUAGACGUCGAUAGUUUAUCGACAGGAUAUAUAUAAUUUUGAGACUUGUCUCUUUACUACUGUAAGCAGCAAGUGAAAUGCUUCGAUUAAGACGUUAAUGUAAAUGUUGGUGAAAUACAAUUGAUGUGAUUUUGUAUA